AUGAAGAUAGAGGUGAUAAUAAAAGGGAGCUCGGAAGAUAUUUACAUACCUCUUGUUAGAGAAACGACUCUUGAGGAUAUCAAGAAGUUAUCUGAGAUGGAAGCAUAUGAAGAGGGAUUUGGAUUGAAUGCAUAUGCAAUUUUAAAGAACUCUAGUACAUGCUUGGAAUACAGCAGUAAGCUCUAUGAAAUGUAUAUAGUGAUGUUUCUCAGAAUGUUGGAUAAUGAGUAUGUAAGUAAAGAAAUCAUGGCAGACAUAAGUAUCGUAGAGCCUGAGACUCUUUCUUCGACUGGGGUUAUAAAUGCUUUUAUUGAAGCCUCAAUAUGGAAGAUUGAGCAAGGAGAACAGCCGGCAAGCAAAUAUGAGAUGUUUAUUGAAAAAUUAUGUGGGAAAAUGACCAGUGGUCUUCUUUAUGAGAUUGCUUCGUGGAGUCUGAAAGAAGACAUAGUAAAUAUAAAGUUGGAUUUCUUACUUUUAUCGCUAAGGCUUAUUGUAAUGGUGAUGGAAGAUAAGAUCGAGAAAAAAAGAAAGAUAGAGAAAAAAAACAUAUUUGCUUUCGCUAAGGAAUACUUUUACAAGACUUUUGUUUUUCUUGGAGAGAUAAAGGACCUGGAGGAUGAUAUGACUUUUGUAUUCAAGGCUUCACUGGCUAUUGAUGCCUUGGUAACUGGGCAGGUGGCAAAAAGAGUGAAUGAGGUGUUUCCGAUUAUUGAAGACCUCCCUAUUUCAGGAAAAAACAUGUUUAGAAUACAUAUCCAGAUGGCAAAUAUAUGUCUGUACGAGGAUGGUGCACUUUACGACUUGCUAUAUUUGGUGUUUACAUCCAAUUGUUUUACAUACCUGGAUGCAAGUUAUAAAAAUAAGUUUAUUGGAACUUUAAUUGAAGCGGUUGAGCAAGACGGAAAAAUUGAAAAGACCAAAAGUAUAGCCGAUACAUUCCGAAAGAUUUUCCAUAGUCUUCGAGACUCCGAGUCAAAGAACACAGACUUAAUGAUAUGGAACUUCUUGAGCUUCCUAUCUAAGCUCAGGAUAAAUAAGGAUAUGGGGGACUUCAACAGUAUCUUUUUAAAGUUCAUUGUGAAGUAUCCAGAAACCAUUGAACUGUAUUCAAACUUCAUCCUUAUCAACGAAGUUGACUUUCCUCUACACAGUCUGCACGAGAUAUCUAACUUUGGGUUUAUGAAGGAAUUUUACUCUAUCCUGUUCAAGAAGGCCCAAGAGAAGAGGUAUAGCAAGGCCCAUGUAGAUAAGCUUGUUUCGGAGUUCCUUAAGUUUUUCCUGAGCACAAAGAACAGAGAACUGAUUGGUGUUCUUCCUCUUGUUCCGUACAUUCCAUCAAAGCGGGAAGUGCUUUAUGUUUUGUAUGAGAUAUACUCCUUUCUUUUUGAAAACGAAGCAAUUGAGCAAGUAGACCUGUUUCUUCUCAAGACUCCGGCUCUAGUUGGAAUAUCCUCAAGCAUCUACUACAAUGUAAAAUACUUACACCAAUUAGCAGCAGGCCUGAACCUUAGAAAUGUUGAGCCACGGAUGCUUGUGUUUCUAGGGAUUGUGUACUACUGUGAGUCCAGAAAGCUAUACAACUCGAACUAUACAGGAAUACUAGAGUAUAUACAAGAUGAAGACGGAAUUCGAAUGGCCCGAGAUGGCUUGAUCAGUGUGAUAGAGCUUAUCCACAAUGGAUACAUAAACAAAUCCCAUGAAUUCACAUUUUCGUAUGUAAAUGCUCUUUUGAACAUCGCGCUAGAGCCGAAAACAAUUGAAACAACGUUAAUGAUGAUUGAGAUUAUCUUGAGAAAGAUUUUCGAGAAAGAAGAAAAGAUCAUAUUCAUGAAAGAAAUCCAUCAAAGGUUCCAGAAACUUUUCGUUCUUCUUACAAGUAAGAGAUUUUUGAGUGAAGAAGUUACCGACUCAUACCGCAGAUUAUACAGGCAAAUGCUGGAGAAGAUUAGAUGUGCACCAAACUUCUACAAUUACGUUGUUCUUUGCUUAGCGGAUAUUUCUUUUUUUGACGGAGAGCUUCCCAAAGGCCAUUUUAAAUCUUUCAAUGACCUAUACAAUCACACAUUAUCCAGAAUGGGAGUUGUAGAAGAGUUUCCAGACAUCUUCAUGGUAGACCAUGGAUGGAAUAGCGCAGAGAACACCGAAGAAACGUCCUCCAAAUCAUUUAUGUCCAGUAUUCAAUGGAAAGAAAACAGGAGAAAAUAUGGAAUUAGAGGAAAAGAAGAGGGACUAAAUUCUAAAGAAGAAAAAUCGCACGAUAUGUAUAAUAUAAUUCAUACGGGAACCAAUGACAGUGUUGUAAGUCUGGAGAGUUCGAUGGGAAGUAUUUCGUUACACAGCUCAUCACCCAUGCACUCGGUCUCCCGGAAUGGACAGAUAGAAAUGCUGGAUGAAGGCAUUAGAAAGAGAGAGAAAUCUGUUUCAUGGCUUAUUGAUGUGAUAUACACAAGAAGAAGCCAGAGCUCGAUAAUAAGAAUAGUUCUGGAUCUUCUAAAGCUUAGACUUAGAAAUAUGUUUGAAUAUGAGGAUCUUUACAUUCUUCUGAAGGCCUACAACAUCCUAUCGAUUAGGGAAAACGACUCCGAAGAAUUCCUGAAGCAUGCACUGCACAGAGGACUGGACUUCAAGACUGAUCCUGCUAUAUGCUAUAAACUAUCUAUGGAGACAAAUGGGUUUUACAGAUUCUUUUUCAGGGCACUUUAUUUUGCAGUCUCAAACUUCUCCUGUAAUGACGAUCUUUCGUUCCCAGAGAGGACCCAGCUAAUCUCCAAAUUCGAUAUAGCAGAUCUUAUACACAUACAGAACACAUUUAAGCAAAAGAUAGUUCAAAAGCUACUUGAAAGAUCCUCCACUCCAUCCUACAGAUCAUACUUCUUUAACAUGGAAUCUCUUGGAAUUAUUGACUGCCUCACAAUAAUCAGAAGGAUAGAUGAUCCGUCUCUGGUAUCCAAAGCCUUUGAGAGGCUUAAGGACUUUAGAGGUGAGAUGCUUUUCUAUGUUCCUCAGCUUGUUCAAAUGAUAAGACAUAAAAAAGUGUCUGAGAUGGCACUUGCCACAUUGAAGGAUCUGGCCAAGGAUGAAUACGUCGCCCAUCAGCUGAUUUGGAACUUGAAAGCAAACUUAUAUGGAUCAGAUAGAACAGAGAGAGAUGACUGCCACGACAUAUUUACACGAUGCAUGGAAGAAAUCAUGGGGGAAAUGACAGAAGAAGAACGAGACAUUCUGCUUAAGGAAGAAGAAUUUAUUAGUAGCCUUACCAAAAUCUCAUCAGAACUUAUUCCCCAUCUCAGAUCGUCAAAGGAUGAAAAGAGAAGACGCAUAAAUGAACAUCUUUCAAAGAUAAAGCUGUCUCCAGGGGUUUAUAUUCCAUUUUAUCCUGAGCUCAAGAUUGUCGAAAUCAUGGGAGGGUCUGCAAGAGCUCUUCAGAGUCAUGCCAAGGUUCCCUUCAUGGCAUCCUUUAGGGUUCAAGAUCCAGGCGGGCAGAUAAACAUCAAACAACUAAUAUUCAAAUCCGGAGAUGAUUGUAGACAGGACAUGCUAGCUCUUCAAAUAAUCUCUAUGUUUGAGUCGAUAUUCAAGCAGGCAAAUCUAGACAUAUUUCUCUAUCCAUACAGAGUCAUAGCUACGUCUCCGGGAACGGGAAUUAUAGAGGUGAUUCCAAAUUCAAAAUCAAGGGAUCAGAUAGGAAAAGAGAACAUCAACAAUCUAUCAGAAUACUUUGAAUACAAAUUCGGCUUCAAGGAAAGUGAGGGGUAUCUUACAGCCAUUUGCAACUUUGCUUCUAGCUUGGCCGGAUAUUCAUUAGUUGUUUACUUCCUUAACAUCAAAGACAGACAUAACGGAAAUAUAAUGAUUGACGACAAAGGCCGAAUGAUCCACAUUGACUUUGGAUAUAUAUUGGAGAUGUCUCCAGGAAAUCUCAACAUAGAAGCUCCUCUGAAGCUAACAAAGGAGAUCGAGGAGCUUCUUGGAGGAAUAUCUGGAAAGGGCUUUGAAAUCUAUCAAGAGUUAAUGGUCAAGGGAUUUUUGGCUUUGAGAAGGCACAGCAAGGACCUUGUUAUGAUGGUGGAUUCGUUUUCCAAUAGCAGGCUUCCUUGCUAUAAGAAAAACGCAGUAGAGAAUUUUGCUCUAAGAUUCAGGCUUGAAUUAUCAGACAAAAAUGCAAGAAGAUUUGUCCAGUCUUUAAUAGCGGAAUCAUCUCAGAAGUUUAGAACUUGGAUGUAUGACCAGUACCAAAAGAUUACAAACAACAUUGCCUUCUAG